AGUAGACCCCACUUCCGGGUCGCAGGUGACAGGUGGAUGUUGUUUUUGCUGCGGGUCUCAUCCAUCCGCUCCUGGUCUUUAAAGCCGCCCCUGCUCCGGUGUCCGUUAGACGCCUCCGCCUCGGUCCUCCCGCUCCGUGUGUCCGUACCCACCCCCCCAUGGCCUCCAGGCGGCCGGACAGCUUCGACGGGCUCGGCUACCGCGGCCGCGACGACCCGCUGUACGGGACGGGAUACCCGGCCCGGAGCGGCGGAGUCCCCGCGGAGCUGCAGCACCACUGGGUCACCACGCCGCCGGACAUCCCCGGCAGCCGCAACCUGCACACCGGAGAGCGGACGCCUCAGUACGACGAGCGGGGAGGAGAGGCCGGAGCCCCGGGAGCCGCGGCCGGAUGGGACGCGUCUCAGCCCAGCGUCCCGCCUGCCGAACAGCUGAAUCGAUUCGCUGGAUUUGGAAUUGGACUGGUCAGUCUGUUCACAGAGAACGUGCUCGCUCAUCCCUGCAUCGUCUUCCGCCGUCAGUGUCAGGUGAACUACCACGCCCGCUGUUACCACCUGACGCCGUUCAGCGCCGUGGCCGUCAUGUACAGCAUCACCAAGGCCCAGGGUCCUAAGGCGCUGUGGAAGGGAAUGGGAAGCACCUUCAUCGUCCACGGAGUCACUCUGGGAGCUGAAGGCAUCAUCAGCGAGUUCACCCCGUUACCACGGGAACUCCCUCACCGCUGGGGUUGGAAGCAGCUGGCUGGACAUCUGCUCCUUAAAGGGUUGACGGCGGUGGUGGCGUUGCCGUUCUACUGCGCCAGCCUCAUCGAGACAGUUCAGAGUGACAUCGUCCGUGAUGAUUCGUCGUCCGGUCUGUUGGAUUGCGUCCGUGAAGGUCUGGCCCGCCUGCUGGGCGUCGGUGCUCCUCACAGCCGUAGACUCCUCCCCCUCAGCUGGCUCCUCCUCCCUGCCGCGCUGCACGCCGUCCUGCGUUACGCCGUGGCGGCCUCCGUCCAGCGGGUGGCGCUGUGGCUGCACCAGCGCAGCAAGAAGCAGGCGGACCCGUCCAACCCGCUCGACGCCUACUUCCCGGAGCUGGCGGCGGCGUGGGCGGGGUCUCUGGUGGCCGACAUCGUGGUGUUCCCGCUGGAGACGGCCCUGCACCGCCUCGGCCUGCAGGGGACGCGCACUAUCAUCGACGCCACUGAUGGUGCUGUGGCCGCGGCCGCCGGCGGCAGCCCGCUGGUCCUGCCCGUCAACACGCAGUACGACGGCUUUGCCGACUGCCUCCACGCCAUCCGCCGCAAAGAGGGCGGGGCUGGGUUCUACCGCGGCUUCGGAGCGCUGGCCACUCAAUACGCGCUGCACGGGGCGCUGCUUGCCGCUGCCAGGACACUACUGAGGCUGCUGCUGCUGGAGGGGCGGGGCUAGAGGUCGCCAUGAUGAUGGGAGCCAGCUGAUCACAAACAUGAACUGUAAACUUUUAAUUUGAAAAACUGAACAUCAGAUGGAUUUUAUUUUGUGGACAGGAAGUGAUCAUGUGACCUUUAAAGGAAUAGAGCGCAUGUUUUCACCUGAAACCGGAUCUGAACCCACGACCUCAACAGAACCUGAACGUGGCCUUUGGGUUCACUUGGAUCAGGUCAGAGGUCACAGCAGGUCACUGACAGGGUCACAUGACACGCCGUGGCCAAUGGCGUCUGUCCAAGAGCCGGUCAAUGGCGGUCUGAGGGUCAGAUCCAAGAUGCGUUCAGGUUCAGUGGGUUCAAACAUGUUCAGAUGUUGAGUUGGGUUCUGGUUCCGGUUUUGGUUCUGGAAUCCACAGCUUCACUUCCUCCGUCUCUGUCCAACUUUUGUGCCACUUCCUGUUCCUGCAUGACAUCACAUGUUCAGUAUCCUGUCAGCUGAUCGCUCCUGUUUCUGUGUGUUAAUAAAGUUUCAUGAAGCGCAAUUUGUUUUGUAUAAAGUUGUAAAAAUGUGUUGAAAUAAAUCAAUAUAAGAUGUGAUCAAUAAUUAGUAAUAAUAAAGGAAGUGAGGUUUCAGAAUAAAAGCCUGGAAUUAAAUGGAUUUUGAAAAGUUCAAUUAAAACAGUUAAGGUUGGUAAUAAAUAUCAUUAUUAUUAUUAUUAUUAUUAUUAUUGUCAUCUAUAAUAGAUUUAAAUGUUAAAAGUGUUAGAUUUUUUUUAUGAAUUUCAGCUGAAAUCACUGGUUCUGCACUUUUCUGUUGAAGUUUAAUUUGCACUGGAGUAAAAAAAUAAAAAUGUCGUAAAAAUCUGUUUGGAUUUUGUCAAACUUAAAAUGGUCAAAAGUCCAUUUCGUUUUUGAAAAGGACUGAAUUAAAGUUUCACAGUUUCUGAAA